AUGCCAAGCGGAUCUCAUGUUAAAGAAGGAAGCAAGCCGUUGAGUCUCACUCCAGUCCCCUCCAUCAUAUUCGAACUUUUCCACCGUCGGCCUUCAGCCAGGCUCUCUUUUAAAAACACGUCACAUCUCGCCUGGGCUCUCUCCAUUGGUCAGAAGGCUUGCUGGUUCCGUCAACUGCACUCGUUGACAUCACCUGAACUCACCAGCUUCUUUGCCACUCUCGAGCCUUGGUCCGCCCAGCCUCCUUUGUACCAGCCCACCCAGCUCAACCACGCUUGUCUCUUCCUCUUAUAUAUAUUUAACCAACCUCCCUCUCCUUCUUCUUCCUCUUCCCCAUCAUCAUCAUCACCCACUCACUCAAACCCACUCAAUAAUCUUCCUCAACCACCCCUCGUUACACAACACCCCCAUCACAGUCACUACGACAUGGCCCCUCCAACACGUUCAAUCAGUCCCGAUUCCUUACAAUCCUCAAUCAGCAGUGGGACCUGCCACAGCUUCGGCGACCCCUCCGCCAGCUCGCCGAUCCAUCCCACCCUCUUCAUCCGUGACCCGCGCAGGAAGAACCCCCGCAACGCCCAUCAGCGCCAUCAACUCACCGAGAGCGACUUCGGAUUCCGUUCCCCCUCGAGCCUGUCCACUAAGCUCCGCAGACUGCUCUCCUCCCCCGCCAAGGCCAUCUUCAAUAAACAGGUCCUUCAGCAUCCUCAGUCUCCUUCUUCAACUACCUCCCCCGCACUGCCUUCUUGUCUCCCUUCGUCUCCUCUCUCUCCUACCCCUCAUAGAAAAUUCAUCACCGAUGACUCCUUUGAUCAUCAAAUUCUCAAAAAAUGA